AUGAUCUAAGUUGGUCAGUAAUUAAUUAAUAUACAGAUUUGAUACUUCUUGUCAUUGCUUGGUCAACAUGCAAUUACAAGAACAAAUACAUGGAUCCGAAGUUGUGGUUCAAUUUUAGGCUUAAACAGUUUAAGCUGGUACAGUCAAACUAAAUUAAGGUGGGAAAUCUUAUGGAUCCUAUUGAAUGUCGUGUGUUGAUUGAUGUAGAAUUCACGAAAUGGUUGGAGAAAGAGAACCAGCAGGGAAUUUCUGACCUUGUCUUUUCCUUCACUCACAAGCUACCCUCAUUUUCCGCAGGAGUUUUCUGUCAAACCCAGUAUCAGUCACCAAUUUGAUUUAAAAAGCUGUAUUACUUGUUCUGUUUUGUGUCUUCUUCAGGUUUUCAGGGAGAAGGGGUUACGUGAUCUCUUCUCUACUUCAAUCUCUUGCACUUAAUAUAACAUGGCUGGAAGCAAAUGGAUUAGACCCGAGGUGUAUCCACUCCUUGGAGCAUUGGGCGCAGCGGUUGGCAUGUGCAGCUUUCAACUUGUCAGGAAUAUCUGCAUCAACCCUGAAGUCAGGCUAUUGAAAGAGAAGAGAAGUGCAGGAGUGCUUGACAACUUUGAAGAAGGUAAGAGAUAUGCAGAACACGGGCUGAGGAAGUUUGUUCGCCAGAGAGCUCCUCAAAUCAUGCCAUCCAUUAACAACUUCUUCUCUAAUCCAGACCUUCCCAAGUGAAGUUUUUACCUUACACAAUGUGCAGGACAACAUUAUUCAUCUUCGCACAUUUGUUCUCAAUAUUUGGAAUAAUAAACAUCAUCUUGACUAAAUAUUUUCCAUAUUCAUCAUUGCUCAAACACCAAA